UUGGUGUAGUGCCACUCUAUUUCUUUUGGUCCAGAGGGAAUAUACUGAAUAAUACGUGGUGCGACUUGAUUCGUCGUCUUCGAGUCUUCCCAGCGGAUCAGACAAGAGAGAAAAUUAAGAAAAUUCAUACAUUUAUCUUCAAAUAAAAAGAGGUAAAAUUUGCAAGGGCGAGAGUGUGCCAGAAAGAAGAAAUGGGGGAUCUAUACGCCCUAGACUUCGAUGGAGUUCUAUGUGAUAGUUGCGGAGAGAGCUCUCUUUCUGCUGUCAAGGCUGCUAAAGUGAAAUGGCCUACUUUAUUCGACGGAGUAGACUCGACCACGGAGGAUUGGAUUGUUGAUCAGAUGUAUAUAGUUCGACCUGUGGUGGAAACUGGAUAUGAAAAUCUCUUACUUGUGAGGUUAUUACUGGAGAUGAGAAUACCUUCCAUACGAAAGUCCUCGGUUUCAGAGGGACUCACAGUUGACGGUAUACUGGAGAAUUGGUCGAAGUUAAAACCUGUCAUAAUGGAAGAAUGGGAUGAGAAAAAGGAUGCUCUGGUGGAUCUUUUCGGAAAGGUUAGAGACGAAUGGCUGGAGAAGGACUUGAGAACUUGGAUUGGUGCAAAUAGAUUCUAUCCAGGUGUUCCUGAUGCACUGAAAUUUGCGAGCUCGAAGUUGUAUAUAGUUACCACGAAACAGAGCCGAUUUGCAGAUGCUUUACUGCGAGAGCUUGCAGGAGUAACAGUACCUUCCGAGAGAAUAUAUGGCCUUGGAACUGGUCCCAAGGUAGAAGUGCUGAAGCAGCUUCAAAAGAAACCAGAGCACCAAGGAUUGACUCUACACUUUGUGGAAGAUCGACUAGCAACCCUAAAGAAUGUCAUCAAAGAGCCCGAACUAGAUGGAUGGAAUUUGUAUCUCGGGGAUUGGGGGUACAACACUCAAAAAGAGAGAGAUGAAGCUGCUACCAUUCCCAGGGUUCAUCUUCUUCAGCUCUCUGACUUUACCAAGAAGCUGAAAUAACCAUCCUUUCUUUUUAAUUGUUGCCUGUCGAAGUUUCGAAUACCCAUUUCAUGUAGGUGAUUAAAAAAUCUCCCUCUCUCUAUUCAUGGUGCCAUUUUGUUAUGAUUAAUAAAUUCAGAAAUUCGUUCUGCUUUUCUUCAGGUUGUACCAUUAACCAAAAUAUCAGAGGUAUUUGAGAAAUAAAGGAACUUUGAAUUACAGAGGAGUUAGCAUGAUCAUGCACAAAUAAUUGUUAGAUUUUGAUUAUGGUCAUUCAACUGGUUCAUGGUCUCCUAGUUGAGGGGAUUGUAAUUACGAAGCCAACAUUAUCAUGCGCAAAAGAUAGUCCAUUGCAUAUGACAGUCUAUGAGAACGUACAAUUAUACAGAAGGAGGCAAACUUUAAGGAAAUUAUGUCACAUCUAUGGAAAGAAAUGCGAUGAUUCCAACCAA